AUGGAAGACAACGAGGAUGACUUCUUUUCUGACGAUGGCUUUGACGAUCUGCCCCCCAGUACAUUACUGCAACUGGAGCAGAACGCGUACCAAGCGAACCAAGCCCAGAACUGGGCUCAGUCACAGCAUACAUCUCAACUUAGCAGGCCUUCUCGGAGUUUGAUUAACCAAGCACCUCGGAAUUCACACUCGGGUGAUCUUUCCCACCCUACGUUACAGCCGCCUGCGCACCUACACACCGGAUUGACCAACGAUUACGGCGCUUUGGAUGUGGGUGAAUUGGAUGCAGAUGUCCUAGAUGUUGAAAAUGAGCCGACAGUUGCGUUGAAUCAGCCGGUGGCUUUUACUGAACAGUCCAAUCUGCCGCAAAAUGGCCCUGCCGUGGCGGACGAUAGUCGACAAUUCGACGACACUCUGCCAGAUCUCAUGGAGGUUGAAACAGAUCAAUUCCACUACCCCGAUCCCCAAAAGGCUUCCGAGUAUGCCGCCGAAAAGUUGGAGCAGGAAAAUGAACGGUAUAAGCGACUGAUGGAAGAGCUGGCCACCGUUAAAUCCGUCGCGGAAACCAAGGCGGGAGAAAUCGCAAUCAUUCGGUCCAACCAGGCAAAGUUGACCGACAACUAUGAGCAACAAUUAGCUACCGUACGAAAGACGAUGGCUGAGGAGGUGGCCAGGCAUAAGGAGGAGAUAGAAGCCGUGCGUGCGGAAGGCAAGAUGCUGGCGACGGAGAACGCAUUUUUAAAGCAAGACUUGGCCGAAGAGUCUAUGCGGAUCAGCAACGCGAAGGCGAAGGGCCGACUGAACGAGAAAGCGCCUCCUGUGACGCCUAAGAAGGCCAAAGUUCUGCCAUUCCGCGACGGAUUCGAGGAUGAGGAGAUUCUUGCUGUAUCGCCCAGCAAGUCAGCACGACCGAAGCGGAUGACGCCGACGGUUCCCGGGAAAAGGAAGAGAAGGGCAAGCCAGGAUAGCCCGACCCCUUUGCAGCUGAGUCCGCAAGCGGCAACGAUGACAGUCGACCCCGACCCUGACCCCGACCCUGACCCCAACGUGUCGGACAGUGCGACAGUGCAUGCUGCACGCGCUAAGCCUGCACUUCACGAUGAGGUAUCUCAUUCGCUGUCGAUGAAGCUCAUUUUGAACCACCGAACGUUUCCCAAUGACGAGCCUGAUAUUGGAGUGAUGGCGCGGUUGAAAUUCCCGUCGGACCCGGAGCAGACGCUGUCCACCAUCCUGCUAGAGGAAACGAACAGCCUUCGCAUGGACAACAACCUAACCGAGUAUGCGCGAGCAAUAAUAUCCCUCUGGUCUCGCGCUUUGAAAGAGAAGUUCUUCGUGCCAGUCCCGAUGUUUAUGGGAAUUAUGCGGCGCAUUCUCGAUGUGGAAGCGACGUCGGUGGUCCCUCAAUUAAUCGAGCAUCUCGUGCCCGUAUUGCAAGAGUCCGGGGACGUCAAUGCCAUCCCCCGAUUCAAGCACUCGCCGGUUUCGCGGCAAAGCUUUGGGCAAGUUCGGCAGACACCCCUAUCCGAAUUAGAGCCUCUCGUGGAUUCUACCGAUGCUCUCGGUUUGUUGUUCCAGAUUGUCAGUAGAUGCGUGCAUAUUGACCGGGAUCUGGAAAAGUUUUGGCGAUACAUGCGCUACGAUUUCGUGCUGAUGAUGCUGAAUUGCUCGCAGCCUAUCAGGGACAUUAUGUUAACCUUGAACCUACUGACGACCAGCGUUCGUGCUCAGUCGUUUGGUUCCGUCCAGGAUACCGAGCAGGACCAGAUUGCCAACGAGAACUACAUUGUGGAUCGUGUGGCAAAUCUCUUGAGUGAGAAGCCAUAUGUCGACGAAGGAGAGCCCCCUUAUACGCCGAUCGAGGUCUGCAAUAUGCGGCUGGAGGCGUUGUCUCUGCUGACAUGCGUUGCUUUCAAUGUCUCCGUGCCCGCCAGCACCCAUGGUAGCUCGGUCAUUGCCUCUCACCCCACCGUCAUAGCACGACUGUUCCGGGCAAUGCAUGACGAGCUAGACGCCCUAUACUACUCGCCGCCCGAUCAGAGCCUGCAUGCAUACCUGGUCAAUGGGUUGAUGUCUCUCAUCUACGGCGUUCUCAAGCGUCACCCCGACACCGAUCUGCAGGCCAAACUUGGCCGCGUGGCGGGCGGGAAACAGAAGUUCCUGGUCGUCUUAACCCGGCUGGCAUUCAGCGAAGGGCUGGUUUUGGAGGCCAAGAUCGAGGAUGAGACGGUGGAAAUGGCGCAUGAGAUCCUCGAUGAUGCUGUGAAUCCCCAGGAAGCGGAGGCUUUACAGGAGGUAUUUUCGAGUGCUAAAGGGAAAAGUGAUGAACUGGACAUAUCUGCGGAUGGGUAA